CAGUUUUUCUCAAAUGCUAAAACACAAAAGCCAAUCCUCUAAACCAAAUGACCAGUUGUCUAAACACAUUUACUAAAUCUAGCCAUCAUUUUCCAAUAUCAUAAACACAUUUCACAUGAAGACACAAUUCACAAAACACAAUCCUCCAUUCACAUAAAUCUUAACACAUUUUUCCUUGCUAAAACACAAGUUGCAAAAGAACUCUGCUCAUAUUCUCAAAUGAAAGCUCAUGUGAUGCAAAAUGCUUUCCACAGUCAGCAAUAUUUGAACAAAAUGAACACACCUGGCGUCAUUCAUUACACACAACGACUCAAAAUUGAAAACACCUGUUGCUAAUGCUGUGACCACAUGUAUAAAAGCAAGUUCAGAGUGCACAGUUUGCUGAAGAUUCCAAACAAACACAAUGGAUGAAGGCAGAGUCAGGGGAAGAGGUAAUCGCGUCAGAGGAGGGAGAAGAGCUGGCCAAGGAGGAAGAGGAGCAGGCCAUGGUGGAAGAGGAGCAGGCCAUGGAGGAAGAGGAGCAGGCCAUGGAGGAAGAGGAGCAGGCCAUGGUGGAAGAGGAGCAGGCCAACAAGGGAGAGAAGGUCCAGGAGGGAGAGCAAGACAACCUCGUACCAUCAUUACGGACGAGAUGCGAGCAACAGUCAUUGACCAUGUCAUUGUCCAUGGCAUGACAAUGGCUGAAGCAGGACUAAGAGUCCGUCCAAACCUGAGUAGGUUCACCGUGGCCACCAUUAUCAGGGCAUUCAGACAACACAACAGGUAUUGUACUCUAUUGCUUUCUUUGUCACAAUACAAUUUUAUAAGCCUGUGAAAGUAGUCUAUUACAGUAGUUUCAAAUCAGUUGUUACUGUAUUGUAAAACAUGUCAAUUGACGACACGUUUCUUUCUUUAGAGUUGAAAGAAUGCCACAUAGAGGUGGGCGGGUUGCCAUAUUUACUGCGGCACAAAAAACCGCCAUUGUGGAUAUGGUUUGUGAGAACAACCUCAUCAGACUCCGGGAGAUCAGAGACAAAGUCAUUGACGAUAAUGUGAACUUUGAGGGCAUUGAUGAUGUCAGCUUGGCCACAAUAGACUGAGUUCUCCGGCGCCAAAAGAUGCGGAUGAAACAAGUCUAUAGGGUUCCCUUUGAGCGAAACUCUGCACGACACAAAGACCUGCGUUACGAGUAUGUGCAAAGGAUAUUACAGUUGGACGCGAUGGCCAGACCUCAUGAGUACCUCUUCCUGGAUGAGGCUGGCUUCAACCUGCACAAACGAAGGCAAAGAGGCCGUAUUAUCAUUGGCCAAAGAGCCAUCACUGAGGUUUCUGGCCAAUGGGGGGGUAAUAUUACUCUUUGUGCGGCUAUGGGUUUGGAGGGGCUUGUCCACCGGCAGGCUGUCCUUGGGUCUUACAACACCCAACGUCUCCUAACCUUCCUAGGGGAGCUAAAAGAUAUCCUCCUGGACCGCCAACAACACCAUCCUGGGCCCGAACAUCCCAUUUAUGUGAUCAUUUGGGACAAUGUACGCUUCCACACAACAAACCAAAUCAGUGAGUGGUUCACCACCAACAGUAACCACUUUUUAAACAUCUGUCUGCCACCCUACUCCCCUUUCCUGAACCCUAUAGAGGAGUUCUUCUCAUCGUGGAGAUGGAAGGUUUAUGACAGACAACCAUACACUAGAGAAAACCUCCUAAGGGCAAUGGAGCUGGCGUGUGUUGACAUCCCAGUGGAGAACUUCCAAGGAUGGAUCCGCCAUUCCAGGGCGUUUUUCCCACGGUGCCUGGCAAGAGACAAUAUAGCCUGUGAUGUGGAUGAGGUGAUGUGGCCUGAUGCAGCUCAGCGACAUGAUGCCGCACAGUGAUUGUGGUGUAAAUACUGUAAAAUGAAUAAAAAAAACUUCACACCCUGAUCAUGUUUUCAA